AUGGAUGAAUCUUUCCAACUCUAUGACCUUCGCGUCGAGGUGGUGUGUCCACCGGGGAAGCGAAUUAUGUGCGGAGCCAAGGAAGGCGAUUAUUUUACUCUUAAGGGCGAAAUGAUGUACUUGCCUCCCGGCCAGGGUAUUAGUAUCUACAGUCUAGCUUCGGUUCUGCCCUUGUUGGCCUCUAAACAACGAAUGACUCACGAGAAUGACUGGAUGACCACCGAUGCCAGCAUUGCUUGUCCUGAUCCUCAUUGUCCCUCGCAAUUGAAAAUUAUUCGGACGGGUAUCACUACUUUUAAUCAUUCGGAGACAACGGUGGUUCCCAAGACUGCUUGA